AAACUGACUCUCAGAACAGCGAUCUUUGGGUGAAGACCAAAACACUUGUUAGUUUACAGUGACUUCUAGUUUACAAAAACUGCCCACAGUUUAGGAGCACUGACCAUAUCGCUUGAAUAUUGGCCUCACAGAGUGAAUAUUGAGAUAUUGAGGAAGAAAAAUGGGUGGCAUGUGGACUGUGUCUCAGCUCAGGUGGAUUUAAAUCCGGACCUAUUCGCGGCUGCUCGGAGGUUCCACACCGACCAGGACUGAUACGGACAGGACUUAUAUGGGCACUGCGACGUCAGGGCUUCGCUUCGGGGUGAAUAUGGCGGAGGCUGCUGCACCAGCGAGCCGGUUCUUCUGUCAUGGCUGUAAAUGCGAAACCAAACCAAAACUCCCGGACUUUACCUGUCCUUCCUGUGAGUCUGACUUCAUUGAGGAGGUACCAGAAGACUCCAGUCUCCUGGAAACCAGCAUGCCAGAGACAAGUGAAGAGUCAAACUCAGUGUUCUCAGAAUUAUGGCAGUUGCUGUUCAUGGAGCGCGCCGCUCUCUUGUCACACCCGCCAUCUUCAGAGUCGGAGCAGGACGACAGCGAACCCCUGUCAGCUGGUCUAAGCCGUCACUCUCCUGAUCCCACCGUCGUCGAUGAGGAUUCAGAGCCAGAGUCUCUGCCCCAAUCCGAGUCGGAGCGAUCGUCCAGAACGCAGCAGAGUCCUGCAGUGGAAGGGAUGCUGCAACAGUUCAUGGACCACCUCUUUUCCAGUGAUGGAGCUUCUCUAUCAGAUGUGCUGCAGCUGUACUCCAAUCCAGGAGACUAUGCGUGGGGUCAAGGAGGACUGGACAACGUCAUCUCAGAGUUGGCUGAAGAAGUGGACAACACAGGCCCACCUCCUGCAGAGAAAGACAUGAUUUCCUCGCUGCCUACCGUUUUCAUCUCUCAAGAGCAGACAGAGCGCAGACUGGAGUGUCCGGUUUGUAGAGAAGAGUAUUCAUCAGGGGAAUCAGUUCGGAAACUUCCCUGUCUCCAUUACUUCCACAGUGAAUGUAUAGUGCCUUGGCUGGAGCUGCAUGACACCUGCCCUGUGUGUCGAAAAAGCCUGUGUGGUGUCGAUAACACCAUCCCAACGGCAGCAGGGCGCCCAGCUGCUCGCCCCAUUCGGACAGAUCCACAAGAAAGUCAGACGAUCUGAAGCAAAAGAGGUCUUGGUCAGUUGUCCCACUCAGAAGGCAAGACCCUUGUUGCCUGUGAUUCUUAUGACUACUGAGUGAGUUUAGCACCAGUGAUGGGGAACUCAGCUCAAACUCAGGUGAUACAAUUCUGUACCACAUCGAAGGAUGUUGCAAAAGUGGCGAAUCCAUCCUAUUUCAAUCAAGAUGCCGAGAUGUGGUCUUCCCAGGGCUGACCCCUGAUGUGGUUUCCUGAUGGACUGAUUUGAUGAUAUGAACUUAUCAUUCAUGCAAAAUGUUCCACAAAGUGAGAGCAUCACACAGCUGUAUGACGACUGUUGGUGAAUCAGAAUCCUUGUACUGUGAAUAUGUAGUGGUGAAACUAUCGCUCCUUUUUGGGGUCAACCUGUAAUUAAAAACUUGAA